AAUGGAUUCUGUUGCUGAAAGUCCUAUUAGUACCAGAAGGAGUGCGACAGACAAUGCCUUUAUUGUUCCAGUUGACGAUGGAGAACAUGUUACUGAAUCAUGGGUGAGCACGUUGUGGCGUUGGUGGAAUGAACGUGUAAUAAAUGCACGAUUGACACAUUACGACAAGGAGGAGCGUCUCACUUUCAUUGCUCAGCGGUUUGCACGAGUCUUAACCGCUUUUUUUGAUGAACGUACAAAAGUGGAAUUAAGUGGACAUUUGCUUUGUGAACAAACAAAACUGCUUCUUGGAACUGAUCCUUUGGCUAUAGCGAUUCGUCGAAAAUAUGGACAAAGAAUGGCUGAAUGGAUUUCAAUUUAUACAGGAUACAUGGAGCAGCAUGAGAAAACCAACAAACAGAAAAAAUUGCCAACACAGCCCUUAGUGCCUAUGAAGCUUACUGUUUCGAGAUCCUUGGAGUUUUUGAGGAAAAUACCACAGCUGCACAUUGCUCUUCAAGAUGGUGUUGACGACCUACUUGUAACUAACGUGCUUGGUGAUCAACUGAUGGGUUGUUUCCGUGGACGGCGUGACAUUUCGGGUGCUAUAUUAGCGCGCAUUCAGAAUUUGGCAGCAACAAUAACACAACAAAUCACAUGGUCCAUGCUUAUUGAACCAGGACGUCCGAGAACAGAUUUAUCGGUUGGGUUAACUACUGAGGAAUUAUCUACAGGGCAAACUUAUUCAUCGACUUCUUUUCAAAAUGAUAUUAAUGCAAGUUGUGUGUUGGGCGGUCCUCUUUUAAAUACUUUUAUUCUCGCACAAUCUCCUCGAAAUCACACCAUUUUUGACUUUUGGAAGAUGGUUUGGCAUGAGCGAAGUGAAUAUAUUUUUAUGUUAUCAGAAGCAAGUGUUGUUCCGUUAGUUGAAUGUAACACUCAUUGCCCAUUCUUUUGGCCAAGACUUGAGGACGAUGAGUUAAACUUCGGGUGUUUACACGUACGAAAUGUUGGUAUUGACAUGGCUACAGACCCUCUUUUUACUAUUUUCAAUUUGGAUAUUUGGAUGACAACGAUGGAAGAAAAUUUUCAACAGGGUGUAACGGCAAAAUUACGUCUACAACUUUGGCAAUGGAAUUGGCGAAACUACACAGAUUUUUACUGGCCUUUCCGAUUACUUUUUCGAUCACGUAACUCUAAAAAACCGACAGUUUUGGUGUGUAAUGAUGGGUGUGGUAAAUCUGGAACUUUAGCUUUAAUUGAGAUCUUUCUAAUGCAACUUAUUCGUGGUUCUGUUUCUGUUGAACAUCCUAUGCUGACGGCAGGCGUGUUCCUUCGCCUUCAGCGACGUCAUGCUGUUGCUAACUCGAUGCAGUGGUUGUUUGCUUAUCGUACAGUUUUACAUUGGCUCCAACCUUUUGUUAUCUCAUGGUAA